AUGAAUAAACGAUUGUGGAAAAUUGGGCAACAGUUUCCCGUAGAUAAUAAGUUUCAGGCUGUCCUAAAGAUGGCAUAUUUGCACUCGCUACAGCACGAGGAAGCAGACGUAAGCGAUAACAAUAAAAUGUGUCGAAAGUGUCUUAUACCGUGGACGGAUGGGUACUUUUCGGUUGCGGUAGUACCGAAAUGUAACCGAAGCAGAAAGCACAUAGAAAAGCUAGAAAGCAAGCGUAAACUUACCAAACAGCAGCAAUCUUUGGUCAAGUAUCUCAAGACACGAGUUGGACGAAUUGCGAAAUAUACGUGCCAAAUUUGUUCGUACAAAACGCGUGUCCCUUUGGAUGCGAAAGUGAAAUGGGCUGAACGUAUCGAGCCGGUACCAGUUUCGAAAGAUAUUGAAUUCAAGGCGUCCUACGACAAAUGGGUUGAAGAAACACAGCGGAAAAAGAAGCGUCAUGGAAAAUCAAAUGCCGGACUGAAAAUUCCCCCCAAAUCGAACAAUAACACUGGCAAUGCCAUUCGUUCUCAAGGCAACACUCCUUCUGGACCGAGGAAUACGUCGACACAUUUCAAACCUACCGAUUUUAAGUUAAUACAACAGCUCCUCCAAUCUUCCGUGUCUUCUAACGCUGAUAAUAAGGCUAAGAAGUCUAAAACUAAUCAACCAGUUGGACGUUUACGAUUAGGCAGAAGUUAG